AUGACUAGUAGUGUGGAAGAUACCGCCUGUUCGAAGUCGACAGAAACAACAUGGUCCAAGAGCACGAGAAACCUUUCAGAAUUUUAUGCCAGCGACCAUCCUUGGUCUGGUGCUCAUCGUCGUCGUCGAAAGAAGAAUGAUGUCAUGAAGGAAAAAGGAGAGCCAAAGGAUCUGGCUAGUAUUUCAUCCGCCAAAUCUUCCCAUGCUACCAUCAGCAGCAGUGGUACCGGUACCUUGGGCCCCUUAUUAUUAUUUGAAGCCUUUUACUACAAUGAUUUCACGUUGGUCCACUCGGAGAACGUGACGAGGCCCUCUCUGCACUAUGCAGGGGAUGAGUGGUAUGGAAUCCCUGCCGAAAACUUUUCCGGGUACUGGAGCGCCACCGUUCCAGUGUCUGCCCCUCAACUCCUUAUAAUGGAAUUUGACUAUGGCGACUUUGUCAAUCUCACGGUACAAGUCUCCCAAGUCAUUCCUCCGAUCGUCACCAUUGCCUCCUUUACCAAUCCACAGAGUGAAGCGGUCUCUUUGGAACAACCAGGAGAAUACUGGCUGGAAAUUAUCCUGCACAAUCCACUCUACUUUGUCGAGUGGAACUCGUAUUUGGACUUAUUGUCGGGCAAUCGUAAUGGUGGUCGACCCUACCUGACCCUGGAGCAAGCCAGUGAAAAACUCGUCAAUCUAAAAGCCAUUGGACCACAAACCUACAUUGUUCAUGUCCGUGUCGACGGGUCCUCUGAUCCUUACAACGAAUUGGUCAUCCUCCUGGAUGCUGCUAGCAAUCAAGACUCCACGACAACACCUCAUGACUCGAUUGUCUUGAUCCUCGAAACGACAAAGUCGGUCAACUGGCGUGUCGAGAUGACGGAUACAAUCAACACCAACAACAAUCUUCUACUUCCCAUUCAUGCCAUUGUCUAUGGAUCCAGGGAACCCGCUACAUCCCUUCAAGUCAAUUUGGACGACUACUACCAAUUCCCCAUACCGACAUUCGUGAUUGGAAACGACAACUAUAAUAAUAAUGGAGGAAUAUCCUCGGAUGGAUCUUGGAUCUUGGAGGAACUCACGGGUGGUCGCCCUGCCGACCUGUACGUGGACCGACACGAUCAAAAUGCCAUUCGCAUUUCACUGCCAUCAUCAUCCAUGGACAACACUCCACAACAACAACCAUCCGAUUUGGGAUACGACUUGAGCACGUUUGAUGCACGCUACUAUGACGGUACCACACUGGUUCGAGAAGAAUCCGGACUCGCAAGACCCGCCAUGAAUUAUCCUUGGGAUGACUUUUACGGUAUCACCUCGGAAGAUUUUCGUGCCAUUUGGAAUGCCACUCUCGUGGUGCUGACGGACCAUGCCCAAUUUCUCGACAUUGAAUUCAGCCUCAGUUGGAGCACUGUCACAUUGGAAAUCAAUGGACAACGACAAGUCUUGGGACAGAAUGAUGACUCUACUCUGGUGGAGUUUGAGCAAGGACGUGUGCACGAGAUUAUUGUCGAGUACGAAAACAAUUGGCAUACCGUUGGAUUCAAUUCCUUUUUUGGAAAACGACAAUGGUGGACGCUCGACGAAGCGACCACGCGCAUCGACGACAAUCAACUUAUUGAUCCCGUCACUACGUAUAUCGUCCACGUCCACUAUUACGAAUCGGAUGAUCUCUACCAGGAGAUUCUGGUCUUGAUUGAUCCACCCCUGUUGUUGGGUGACCAGUAUCAAUCCAUCUUUCUCAUCUUGGAGAGCUACAAUUCGAUCAACUGGAGAAUUGAAAAUCCCACCGACUUUGCUGUGGAUGCCAUUGUCUUUGGAUCGUACGAACCUGCCACGUCGGUGGAAAUGUCCACAACCGAAACACCCGUCUUUGCCAUUUCGGAUGGAUUGACGGGAACGGAAAGCAAUGACAGCGAUGGUCAAAUUCGUAGUCUGACGGGAGGACGAGAUCCACAUCGGACAUUUACAGGAUAUGCGACAAACUCGGUGCGAGUGUCGUAG